AUGGAGGGUCAAGGUGAUAACGAUGAGCUCUACCCCAUCGCCGUUCUGAUUGAUGAGUUGAAGCAUGACGAUGUUCUUCUCCGUCUCAAUGCCAUCCACCGUCUUUCUACCAUUGCAUUGGCCUUAGGGCCUGAGAGGACCCGCGAUGAACUGGUCCCUUUCCUUGACGACUCCGUCGAGGAUGAAGAUGAAGUUUUGACUGCUCUUAGCGAGGAACUGGGCAACUUCAUAGAAUACGUCGGUGGUCCGGAGCAUGGUCAUGUACUUUUGUCGCCUUUGGAGAAUCUGGCGGCCAUCGAGGAACCCCUGGUUCGGGAGAAGGCUGUCGAGUCCCUCAACAAAAUCGGCGAGGAGCUAUCCGCCAAGCAAAUCGAAGAGUACUUCGUUCCGAUGGUCCUCCGCCUGUCGAAAGCCGACUGGUUCACCUCGAAGGUUUCCGCCACCGGUCUCUAUUGCGCCCCAUACAAGAAGGCUCCCCAGCCGCUCCAGCAAAGCCUUAGGCAGUACUUUGGGGGUCUCGUGCACGAUGAGACCCCCAUGGUGAGAAGACAGGCGGCAAACAACCUCGCCAAGUUUGUUGCGGAAAUGGAUGCGCCCGUGGUGAUCGAGGAGAUGAUACCCCUGUUCCAGUAUCUGGCGAACGACGACCAGGACAGCGUGCGGUUGCUUACCGUCGAUAUUCUUAUUGCGAUCGCCGAGCAGAUUCCCAAGGAACAGCAGCCCAGUCACGGUAUUCUGUUGACGUCCUUGCGCCACCUGUUCGAGGAUAAGAGCUGGCGGGUCCGAUACAUGGUCGCGGAUAGAUACGAAAAGAUUGCUAAAGCCGUUCACGAAGAAGUGGUGACUCGAGACAUGGUGCCGGCGUUUGUGAAGCUGUUGAAGGAUACGGAAGCGGAAGUCCGCACGGCGAUUGCUGGCCAGAUUCCCGGCUUCUGUAACUUGAUCGACCGGGAUACCCUGCUCAAUGAGAUCAUGACGAGCGUGGAGGAUCUGGUGUCCGAUCCGUCCCAGCACGUGCGUGCGGCACUGGGUACUCAGAUCAGUGGGCUUGCCCCGAUCCUUGGGAAGGAAGAGACUAUCGCCCAUCUUCUUCCAAUGUUCCUGCAGAUGCUGAAGGAUGAGUUCCCCGACGUGCGUCUGCACAUCAUCUCCAAGCUGGAGUUAGUGAACAAUGUCAUCGGCAUCGAUCUGCUGUCGCAGUCACUGCUGCCGGCCAUCGUGCAGCUGGCGGAGGACAAGCAGUGGCGCGUUCGCCUUGCCAUUAUCGAAUACAUUCCUCUCCUUGCCAGCCAACUCGGUGUCAAGUUCUUCGACGAGCAACUGAGUGACCUCUGCAUGGGUUGGCUGGGCGACACCGUCUUCUCGAUCCGGGAGGCUGCUACUCAGAACCUGCGGAAGCUCACGGAGGUGUUCGGAGUGGACUGGGCCAAGGAAUCGAUCAUCCCCAAGGUCAUGGCGAUGGGACAGCAUCCCAAUUACCUCUACAGGAUGACCACCUGCUUUGCCAUCUCCACCCUUGCCCCCGUUGUCACCCUGGAAAUUAUUGAGAACUCGAUCCUUCCGAUCUUAGAACGACUUGCGGCCGAUGAGAUCCCUAACAUCCGAUUCAACGUCGCCAAGUCCUACGCCAUUAUCGUUGACACGGUGCGUCGUCUGCCGGCAGAGGGAACCAUCUCGGAGCAGGAUAGACUUGCCAAGUCUCCGACACCGUCGCCUCGAGGCCAGGAGCUCAUCCAGCAAAGAGUUGUUCCCAGCCUGGAGAAACUGCAAGAGGACGAAGAUGUUGAUGUGCGAUACUUUGCUACGACUGCCGCAGGCGGCCACGAGGAAGUCAUGGAGACUUCGCCGUAG